AUGGACAAGCGAAGCUGGAUCCGGGUUUGUGAAGCAAAUAUUCCUCCGAAACUGAAGGUGUUUGUCUGGCAAAUCUUGACCAGAAUUUUACCAACGACUGAGGCCCUUAUAGAAAAGGACGUGGAGGUCCUGCCCCGAUGCCCUGUCUGCUGGGCUUCAAAGGAAACAAUGGAGCAUUUGUUCUUUGAUUGCCCUGUGGCUAGGGCUUUGUGGUCGUAG